UUUUUUUCGGAAAGAAAAUUCUUUUCAUUUCAUUUUCAUCGCCAUAUUUAUUUAUUUUUUUUUUUUUGAACGUAAGGCGAAAAUGUGUGUACCGUGUUGGAUCGUGAAAUUCUAUUUCCAAACGGAUUUUUGUGAUUGAAAAUUUUUUUUUCUCUUUCGCUCCCGGAAAUUAUCAACUAUCGGAAUUUUUUUUUUUUCUGCGAAAUUCUACUGAAAUAGACAGACACACAAACAAAAAUCAAUCAUUUCCGCUGUUUUGCUAAAUGUGGCCGACAUCUUUGACCGUGUCUCUGCUGAUGCUCAUCUUGCAGUGCGCGUGCCAGCCGACUGAAAGCGAGCCGACGGAAUGGGUUGGUGUAGUGGAAGAUGAAGCCAAGCAGCCUGACGUAAUGGAAGAACAUCAAGAAUACGAAUCGUCGCAGACUAUGAGGAUAAAACCGAACGCGGUUGAACGGCCGUCCAUCACGACUAGUUUAAGAACCAUCACGGCGACGGCCAAGAACGUGACCGUCGCUCACGGCAAGAUGGCCCUUUUGACGUGCAAGAUAGGCGCAGGCCUAUUGGACAAUCGAACGCAAGUGGCGUGGAUCCGGUACGCAGAUCUGCAGUUGCUGACAGUCGGCAACCAAACGUACACGGCAGAUCGACGUUUCAGCGCGGGUAUCAGUGGAAAUGGUGACGCAUGGUCGCUUCAAAUCAGCCACGUCCAGUUUCGAGAUGAAGGCGGAUACGAGUGCCAAAUUGGAGGGACGCCACGUGUCAGCCAUUACAUCCACCUCUCUGUCGUUGAACCGACGACGGUCAUUCUUGGCGGUUCAGAGAUGCACAUUGAUAUUGGCAGCACAAUUAAUUUGACUUGCCUCGUCCAGCAUACUCCCGAACCUCCUGAUUACGUUUUCUGGACUCACAACCAGCAAACGGUCAAUUACGAUUCGAAACGGGGAGGCAUCAGCGUGAUGGUUGAACGCGGGGCAACGACGCUCAGCUCCCUACUCAUCCAAAAAGCAGCACGCAGAGAUUCUGGCGUCUACGUUUGUUCACCGUCUUCAGCACCGGCAGCCCAGGCGUCCAUUCACAUUUUAGAAGGUGAACGACCGGCUGCCAUGUACAGUGUGGGAACGACGCUGGUCAGACGGCCGCCCAUUGGUAUGUUGACGCUCGUGUUUAUCGCGAUGUACCUGACGAGCGCACGUCAGCGGCCAUUCUAGAUUUUGAAGUACAUUUUCUCAUUGUUUGGUUAUCGUUUUCUGGAAAAUAAGAUCCUCGUUUUCGUUUUGAGCUUUGCUUUAAAUCGACAAACUGCUGUUGGCUGUUUUCCUGUGUUAUAACCCUAUAUUCGAAUAACAAUGUACCGCCGACGAAGAUUUGUCUUUAAUCUCCAUUUUUCGAAUUACCUCGUUGGCAAAAUAAAAAAAAAAAAAACGUUUCUUGCUACUCAAAUAUUUCAACUCAAUUGAGUUGAGCUAUUUGGAAUUUAAAGAGUGCGUUGCUGUGCUGACGCA